AUGGACUUAUUGUUGGCUGUGAUUGAAGCUAUUAUUAUUGUGCCACUGGUUCGUCUGCUUCAAACAGAUGAAUUUGAUAUCAAGAAAGACGCUGCAUGUGCCAUCUCAAAUGUUACAUCUGGCGCGACCAUGAUCAGAUCAAUUAUGAAAAUUGUUUCAUUUUUGAGGGUCGAAGGGGUGAGCUUACAGUUCAUGGAUGCUGGGAAGCCUGGCAAAAAGCAGAAAAAAUGGGGACGUCUACUUCCCAAAAGCAAGACCCACAACAAGCAGUCAUCUGGCAAAAUGGGCUCCCAUUUCCUACUCCCUCUCAAGCAUCUCAAUUCUUUUAAUCCACACAUUUCUUCUCUCAAUUCUGCCAGAUUCUUCACAGUAAGAACCCGCGCUACCCUUGAUGAGAAUGAGAAAGAUCCAUUCCUUGCUCAAGAGCAGCUGCCAAACAAAGUACGGUUUUCCUUUAAUUUAAUCAAAAAUGCAACAAAAACGCGAAAAGUCCCAGCUGAGGAAGUUCUGUCAGCUUUUUGGGUUAUUGAAAAGGCCAGAAUCAACCCCUCAGAGUUUGUUGAAACUCUUGGUGGAUCGGAUUCCCCUGGCAGAACCUGGAUGCUCAUUUUUACUGCUCAGAAACAAUUGAAGGGCGGCCGCUACUUCCCUCUAACAACUCUUCAGAGGUUCGAUGCUGCUGGAACAAGAAUUGAAAAUGAAGAAUUUCUUGGACCAAUUGGGUUCUUAACUUAUGAAGGAAGCUUUUCAUGGAAGAACAGAAUAUUGUCCUUCAUUUUUGAAUUAAUUCGAGUUAAAAUUGGACCUUUUAACCCUUUAGAGAUCAGUGUUGGCCAGAAGGAAGAUAGAGAACCAAACAUCAAGGAUCCUUUCUUUAUCUGGUUUUAUGUUGAUAAGGAAAUAGCAGUUGCCCGAGGCAGAAUUGAAGGAAUAGCAUUUUGGUACCGGUGUCACCAUGUCACUACUUGA